CAAGAAGAAUUUUUUUCUCCUCCCUUCUCCCAUAUGUUUUUGACGUUCGAAUUUGUAUCCUUCGGUCAAAAAUUUUUAUGUUUUAGAAAAUGAGACAAAUUUCUCGCUGCUGUUCUAAUAAUAGGUUUGUUUUCCUAUGUAAAAACAGUUACAUGAGACAUUGAGGUCGUUGUUUAAAACAUUUACGGUACCCCGGUUUCGUCAACACGAGAAUACCACUUUUUGCGAGGGUGAAAGUUGACUUUGCUUUUUAUGAAGGUUCGAAAAGUGAUCUAAUUCCUAGUGAAAAAUGGCAAAUUUAGAGGCCAAACACUUAUUUGCUUAUAAUAGAUUUCCAGACAAUGAGCUGAAAAAGUUACUUGUAGUAGCUUACUUUCCUUUUGGAGUUAUUCUCUUAUUAUUACGCAGCGUUCUAGCGUUAUUUUUAGUUAUUUUUGGGCAGGUUCUCCCUGAUACUCAAGUGACUCAAAACUUUUUGUAUAAUCUUGCCUGUAUAUGUUUUGGUAUAACAGUAUCUGUAGAUAAUUUAAAACAAAAAGAAAAUGUUAGUGUAUAUAUUGGCAACUAUUUGUCAAUCUUGGAUCAUUUGGCUGUUAGUAAAGCAUUAGGAUUUAUUUUGCCAUUAAACAAGACACCUCUUCAGAGUCUUCCGGGUUUAGGAAUAACAAACUUGGGAAGCAUUAACAAUGCAGAUAGUUUUAAAAAGAAUCUGGAAGUUGUGCUUAAAAACAAAAAUACAUCGGUAUACUUAUGUCCAGAGGAAACACCCACAAAUGGAAGGGCUUUGUUAAAGUUUAACUCUAAAUAUUUUGAGUUUUUCGAAAAAGUUCAGCCAGUAUGUAUUACAGUGAAAAGACCUUUGGAUAUAGCUAUAUCUACAAUUGGAUCGACUUACAUUAAUGAUGUUCUGUAUUUUAUGUAUGCUCCUUUUACAAAUUACACAAUUAAACUUCUACCAUCUUUGGAGAAGAAGAGUAUUUCUACUGAUGGGUUUUCAGAAAUUGUUCGAGAAAAUAUUGCUUCUGAAUUAAAGAUUACUGCUUCUCCAUUAUCAGCUUCUGAUUUAUUGGAAUGGUCUAAAAGAUACUUGGCAGAAGAGAGACGUAGGGCACAAGAAAGGACUAAUCAAUUAAGUAAUUCAUUCUCGUCAGCAUCUAAUCCAGAACUAGUGAGGAUGGCUGCUCAAGUUAAAGAAGUUCUACCACAUGUGCCUGUGGGAACUAUCUAUAAUGAUUUAAAUGUAACACGUAGCAUUGACACCACCAUCACAAAUAUUCUCGAAGGUAGGAUCAGGUUCGUUCCUGAAACGCCUAGACCGUCUAGUCCUACACCUUCGACGAGCCAACAGCCUUCAACAUCAGGCUGUACAUCAAGUAGUACCCCGUCUAGGCAGGGUGCAUGUACUUCAUCUACUCAGUUUAAUACAGGGGCCUCUACCUUUGGUAAGUCGGCCAAUGAGCGAACAAAAUCCAUCAAAGAAAGGAAGGAACAGCUGAUUGCGGCGGCUAGGAGAAGAUACAUCGAAAAACAUAACCUGGAUAUACCUGUGUAACAGAGACACAUGUUUUUCGAACCGCCGGUUUGUUGUAAUAUGUAAGGCUAGUUGUUAUAUGAUUUAAAUUUUUCAAAUGUGUCUCAGUUGUAAUUGACAAGGGAUGAUUUAAAUAUUUUUAUUCAUAAAGCAAAAAAAAAUAUUUUGAAAAUUAUGUGGAUUUCUGUUUAAAAAAAAAUCAUUUAGUUUUUUAAAUAUAUUUUUACAAUCCAUGAACGAUUUGUAAUGUUUACAAAAUUAUUAUACAGGGUGAGUUUUAAAUAAGUGCAAAUGUUUUCAGGGCUGGUAGAUUUCGAUAAAUGAAACAUAUUUUCUCUU